GCAGUAGUCUAGCGUAAAGCAGUGGCCAUACAAGUCCUCGUACUGUACUCGUGUCCAUUGACUGCUCCUCGUUGCCUUGGGUGCCUGUCUAGUAGCGCCACAUCCUGUCACAAAAGGCCAGUUCUCCAUCAUCAUCAGAUUCAACGGUGAAGACAGUCUGACGUCAAGGUCUCGACACGCUCACACACUCCGGCCCUUCUCUUUCCUUCUCUUGACUUGUUUGCUCCCAUCAUAUUUCUCUCCAUCAAACUCUUCUCUCUUCUCCUGCUUCCCUAACCAUUUGCACAGAGAAUCAUCAUCCACCAUGAAGUUCUCUCUGUCAAAACUCCUCGUCGUUGCUCUGGCUUCUACCGAAGUUGCUGUUGCCAGCACUUGGUUCGGCAAGACUGUUUACAACAAGUGGCAUGAGACUGAGCUCGAACGUUGGUUGUCUGACCACGAUAUUCCCUACCCAACUCCCGCAGACCGAAAGGAUCUUGAGAAUCUAGUCAAGGAGAAUUGGCAAGCCAAGGUUGUAGAGCCAGUUGUCGCGACCGGUGACAAGGCCAAUGACCACUAUGGCAGUGUCAAAGAUUGGAUCUUCGACAGCUGGUCUGAAUCUUCUCUCAAGUCUUUCCUCGAUCAUCACGGUAUUCCCGCCCCUCAGCCACGAACCAGAGACAGUCUUCUGGCCACAGCUCGUCACAACUACGAAGCGGUUGCCAAGAAAGCUGGCCAAUACUAUCACUACCCGGGUGACUGGUUAUACGCAUCUUGGUCUGAAUCCGAUCUGAAGGAAUUCCUCGAUGAACGUGGCAUCCCGGUUCCUCAGCCCACAACUCGUGAUAAGCUCAUUGCCCAUGUCCGACGCAACGCCCGCUUGGCUUCUCUCAAGAGCUCUGCGGCUGCUUCAUCUGCCAGUGCCUCCUUCUCGAGCGGUGUCGCAGCAGCCAGCAAGUCAGCUGCAAGUGCUCAGGCUAGCCUUACUGACGCUCUCUUCGACGCAUGGUCUGACAGCAAGUUGAAGGAGUUUUUGGACAGCCAUGGCGUUCCUGUUCCACAAGGCAGCAAGAAGAACGAAUUGAUUGCUUUGGCACGCAAGCACCGUGCUGAACUGGAGAACAAGGCCUCUUCAGCUUCCGGGUCGGCGGCUUCUGCAUAUGGUGCAGCCACUUCAUCUGCUGGCAAUGAGUUCGCUAAAGCCACUGAUGAUGCAUCUCUUAUCGCCGACGAAGCCUUUGACAAUGCCAUCAACACUUGGUCUGAGUCUCGUCUCAAGGCUUACCUUGACUCUCGUGGCGUCCCAGUUCCCCAAGGUAGCAAGCGUGAUCAACUCUUGGCCCAGGUCAGACUGAACAAGCACAAGGCUGCCACUGGCUGGUCCGCCUGGACUUUUGAUACCUGGACCGUCGAUAAUCUGCGCAAGUAUCUCGAAGCACAUGGAAAGAAGGCCAAGAAGUAUGCCAACGCCAACCGAGAUGAACUCCUCAAGCAAGCUCAAGACUCGUACACUUCAGCCUCCAAGUCUGGUGGUACUAGUUACGCGUCGGUGACUAGCUAUCUUGCCCAACAAACCAACGCCGCCAAAGACUCCGCCUUUGAUACCUGGUCCGACAGUGAGCUGAAGUCAUAUCUCGACAGCUAUGGCAUCCCGAAUUAUCAGGGCUCCACCACCAAUGAACUUCGAGCGAUGGUCAAGAAACAAGCCAACUACUUCCGAUAUGGAACCACCUCCCCCUCAGGAACCAUCUUUGAACGCCUUAAGAGCAGUUUGCAAUGGCUCCUGGGUCAAGCGCAAGGAACUGCUGCAUCUGUCUCUGCAGAAGCUGCUGCUACUGGUAGCUCUGCUGCCAGUGUUGCAUCCAAGAGUGCAACCUCUGGUGCCUCUAGCGCAAGUUCGGCAGCCAGCGCUGCAUCUAAAAGUGCUUCCAAGAGCGCUUCGAGCGCCAAGAACGAGUUGUAGACAAUCAAACAAAGGUUGGCUCUCACGGAGUGGUGGAAACAAUAAUGCGUCAUUACUACGAUACCCCCCGAAUACGUACGGUGAGGUUAUGUCAGGUGCAUGCCGGAGUAUCGAAGGCCCGAGGGUGUUAGUUACCAAGUCUAUAACACCUAGGUUUGGGGUUUACGGCAUGAGAAUUGAAUCGACACUCGUCACGGUUCUUAUGCACUUUGUACUUGUAUGUUUUAGAGGUUCCAUAGCUACGAAUAGCAACAAGACAUGACAAAUUUAGAGA